UUCUAUUUUCUUUGGCAAAAGCCUAAGGCUGAGAUAUGGACCCCAUCUAUACAAAGCCAUUACACUUAUAAAAAGAGGGGUUAGGCCCAAUUCACUCGCAAAUCAUCAAAAACGGUUUGGAGUCAAAGCUCUGAGAAGUUGAUAGUUUAAGGCAUGAAGGGAGAGAUCACAGUCACACCACCAGAAGAGAAAAGCAAUGAGUCCACAGCGCUCGUUGCUGCUCCAAAGGCACUGGGUACAGCGCAGAAUAAAGGUUCACGUGGAUCAGCCGAUAGGGACCUGGCGCUAGCGAAAGUUGAGAAGGAAAAGAAAUUGACAUUCAUAAAGGCAUGGGAAGAAAGUGAAAAGACAAAGGCAGACAACAAGGCACAGAAAAAGAUGUCUAUAGUUACUUCUUGGGAAAACAGCAAGAAGGCUACUAAAGAAGCCGAUUUGCGAAAAACAGAGGAAGGACUGGAGAAGAAGAAGGCAGAACACGGGGAAAAAAUGAAAAACAAGGUAGCAUUGAUUCACAAGCAAGCAGAAGAAAAGAGGGCAGUAAUCCAAGCAAAACGUGGUGAAGAAAUUCUCAAAGCAGAGGAAGUGGCUGCAAAAUACCGCGCUACUGGGUACAUGCCGAAGAAGUUCCUUGGGUGUUUCUGAAAAUUGUUGAUCUUGGAGUGACAAUAAAGCAAUUAUAAUCACUCUCCCAAUGGACCAUCGAAAUUGUUUUUGUCAUUUCAUGCUGUCGGUGUGUGAACAUUGCUGAAAAAGGAAGAUAACCGCCUGUCUGUUUGUACUUUCAUGACAAACGACUUGUUUGCCAUGUGAUAUCUGUAGUCCAUAAAUGGUUGUGAUUGAUCUUUUCCCAUAAUUCCUAUGAAG